UUUUAUAAGCAGAGUGUGGAUGUCAUUUUACAAAGAUUUUCCCUUUUUAUUUAUUUUUCUUUUCUUUUUUAACCCCAAAGAGCUUUGGUAGGGCUUGUACUUCUCUCUCUCGGAAGAUUGGCGUCGUACAGUUUUUUUUUCUUCUUUUUUUAGCUUUUUGUUGGUGCACUGUAAGUGGUUUCCGGUAGCGGUUUUCAGCACUCAUUAUGGUGAGGAAGAGGAGAACUGAGGCUCCUGCAAGUGGGGGUGAGAGCUCUGAGCCCCAUGAAGCGGCAAGUGGAGGAUCUCAACGGCCAUAUGAGAGGAAUGCACCACCUCAACAGGGACCAGGUGGACCAUACCAAGGUGGAAGGAGUUGGGGUCCGCAGUCUCAGCAAGGAGGUCGCGGCGGUGGUGGACGUGGACGUAGCGGUGGGAUGUCUCAACAACAACAGUAUGGUGGUGGCCCUGAAUAUCAAGGCAGGGGAAGAGGUCCACCUCAGCAAGGUGGUCGAGGAGGCUAUGGCGGUGGUCGCUCCAGUAGUAACCGUGGAGGUCCACCUUCUGUUGGUCCAUCCAGACCUCCAGUUCCCGAGCUGCACCAAGCAACCUUGGCUCCUUACCAAGCUGGGGUGUCCCCUCAGCUGAUGCCAUCUGAGGGGAGCUCUUCUUCUGGUCCACCAGAGCCAUCUCCGGUGGUAGUAGCCCAACAGAUGCAGGAGCUCUCUAUCCAGCAAGAAGUUUCUUCAAGCCAACCAAUCCAGGCACCACCACCCUCCAGCAAAUCAAUGAGGUUCCCACUUAGGCCUGGGAAGGGUAGCACUGGAAUAAGGUGUAUAGUGAAGGCUAACCACUUCUUUGCCGAAUUACCCGACAAGGAUUUGCACCAAUAUGAUGUUACAAUAACACCAGAGGUCACAUCACGGGGUGUCAACCGUGCUGUAAUGGAACAACUGGUUAAGUUGUACAGAGAGUCUCAUCUUGGAAAGCGUCUUCCUGCAUAUGAUGGCCGAAAGAGUCUAUACACUGCUGGGCCACUUCCCUUUAUAUCAAAGGAAUUCAAAAUCACUCUGAUUGAUGAAGAUGAUGGAUCAGGCGGGCAAAGGAGAGAGAGGGAAUUUAGGGUUGUGAUCAAAUUAGCUGCUCGUGCGGACCUGCAUCAUUUAGGGCUCUUUUUGCAGGGAAGGCAAGCAGAUGCACCACAGGAAGCCCUUCAAGUUCUUGACAUUGUUCUGCGAGAGUUACCUACUACUAGGUAUUGCCCUGUCGGUCGAUCAUUUUAUUCUCCUGAUCUAGGAAGAAGGCAACCCCUUGGUGAGGGUUUGGAGAGCUGGCGUGGUUUUUACCAAAGCAUUCGACCUACACAGAUGGGAUUGUCUUUAAAUAUUGAUAUGUCUUCCACUGCUUUCAUUGAACCGCUACCAGUCAUUGACUUUGUGAAUCAACUGUUGAACCGAGAUGUUUCUUCUCGACCAUUGUCUGAUGCUGACCGCGUGAAGAUUAAAAAGGCUCUUAGAGGAGUCAAGGUGGAAGUUACACACCGUGGAAAUAUGCGCAGAAAGUACCGCAUAUCUGGUUUAACAUCACAGGCAACACGAGAGUUGACUUUUCCAGUUGACGAAAGAGGAACAAUGAAAUCUGUCGUGGAGUACUUCUACGAGACAUAUGGUUUUGUAAUUCAACACACGCAAUGGCCCUGUCUACAAGUGGGGAAUCAGCAGAGGCCGAAUUAUCUGCCUAUGGAGGUUUGCAAGGUUGUUGAGGGCCAGAGGUACUCCAAGAGACUGAACGAGAGGCAGAUAACUGCCUUGCUGAAGGUGACCUGUCAGCGUCCUCAAGAAAGGGAGCGUGAUAUUAUGCAGACUGUUCAUCAUAAUGCGUACGGCAAUGAUCCUUAUGCAAAGGAGUUUGGAAUCAAAAUUAGUGAGAAGCUUGCUUCAGUUGAAGCUCGCAUUUUGCCUGCCCCAUGGCUUAAAUAUCAUGAUACUGGUAGAGAGAAGGAUUGCCUGCCACAAGUUGGACAAUGGAACAUGAUGAAUAAGAAAAUGGUCAACGGGGGAACAGUGAACAACUGGAUCUGCAUAAAUUUUUCUAGAAAUGUUCAAGACAGUGUGGCCCGUGGAUUUUGCUAUGAACUUGCACAAAUGUGUUACAUAUCUGGAAUGGCAUUUAAUCCUGAACCUGUACUUCCUCCGGUUAGUGCUCGUCCAGAGCAGGUAGAGAAGGUAUUGAAAACUCGUUACCAUGAUGCCAUGACAAAACUCCAACAGGGCAAGGAGCUUGAUCUGCUUAUCGUAAUUCUCCCUGACAAUAAUGGCUCUCUUUAUGGUGAACUGAAGCGCAUUUGUGAGACGGAUCUUGGUCUUGUUUCUCAGUGCUGUUUAACAAAGCAUGUGUUCAGGAUGAACAAACAAUAUUUGGCAAAUGUGGCAUUAAAAAUUAAUGUUAAGGUUGGGGGAAGAAACACUGUGCUUGUUGAUGCAUUAUCAAGGCGCAUUCCUUUGGUUAGUGAUCGGCCCACUAUUAUUUUUGGUGCUGAUGUCACCCAUCCACAUCCGGGGGAAGACUCGAGCCCAUCUAUUGCAGCUGUUGUGGCUUCUCAAGAUUGGCCAGAAGUAACGAAAUAUGCUGGCUUGGUUUGUGCACAAGCCCAUCGGCAAGAGCUUAUUCAAGAUCUCUUUAAAGAAUGGCAAGACCCUGUGAGAGGAAGAGUUACUGGUGGCAUGAUUAAGGAACUCCUUAUAUCUUUCCGCAGAGCAACUGGGCAGAAACCUCAGCGUAUUAUAUUUUACAGGGAUGGUGUUAGUGAAGGACAAUUCUACCAAGUGCUGCUGUAUGAACUUGAUGCUAUCCGGAAGGCGUGUGCUUCUUUAGAACCAAACUAUCAGCCUCCAGUGACAUUUGUUGUGGUUCAGAAGCGUCACCACACUAGGUUGUUUGCAAACAACCAUAACGACCGUAAUGCUGUUGACAAGAGCGGAAAUAUACUGCCUGGUACUGUCGUGGACUCUAAGAUCUGCCAUCCAACUGAAUUUGACUUCUAUCUGUGUAGCCAUGCUGGGAUUCAGGGUACCAGCCGUCCAGCUCAUUACCAUGUAUUAUGGGAUGAGAACAAGUUUACUGCCGACGGGUUACAGUCCCUUACAAACAAUCUUUGCUACACAUAUGCGAGAUGCACGCGCUCUGUUUCCAUCGUACCUCCUGCAUACUAUGCUCAUCUUGCAGCAUUUCGAGCUCGGUUCUACAUGGAACCAGAGACGUCAGACAGUGGAUCAAUGACAAGUGGACCUGUCGGUGGACGUGGAGGCAUGGGUGGAGGUGCAGGUGCCAGGAGCACACGGGGACCUGCAGCUAGUGCUGCUGUGCGACCCUUGCCUGCCUUGAAGGAGAAUGUUAAGCGGGUCAUGUUUUAUUGCUAGAUAAUGCUGGGUUGUAUUUUACUACCAAGUAAUUGGGAAAUCGACAUUUGGAUUGUUACCAAAGACUACUACUAAGUUAAGACUCUGGUUUCUUGUGUCGUCUGCAGCAGUCUGUUUGAUUUCUUGUAUGUCAUCCAGGAUUGGGAUGUGUGAAUCUUUUGACUAUAUUUUAGGUUUGGAAUUUGAUGAUUUCCACUGAUA